AUGUGGUGGGUGGUGGUGCUGGGUGGGUGGCAGUGGGCGGUGGUUGUUGGUGGGUGGGUGCCGGCAGUAGGUGGUGGCAGUGGUUGUUGGUGGCUGGGUGGGGGCAGUGGGUGGUGGGGGGUGGUUGUUGGUAGGUGGGUGCCGGCAGUGGGUGGUGGCUCUGGUUGUUGGUGGUGGUGGGUGGUGGCGGUGGUUGUUGGUGGCGGUGGGUGGUGGCUCUGGUUGAUGGUGGCGGUGGGUGGUGGCGGUGGUUGUUGGUGGCUCUGGUUGAUGGUGGGUGGUGGCGGUGGUUGUUGGUGGGUGGUGGCGGUGGCGGUUGUUGGUGGCGGUGGCGGUGAUUGUUGGUGGCGGUGGUUGUUGGUGGCGGUGGGUGGUGGCGGUGGGUGGUGGCUCUGGUUGAUGGUGGCGGUGGGUGGUGGGGGUGGGUGGUGGCUCUGGUUGUUGGUGGCGGUGGGUGGUGGCUCUGGUUGUUGGUGGUGGUGGUGGUGGUGGUUGUUGGUGGGUGGUGGUGUGGUGUUGGUGGGUGGUGGUGGUUGUUGGUGGCGGUGGGUGGUGGCGGUGGGUGGUGGGUGGUUGAUGGUGGCGGUGGGUGGUGCCUCUGGUUGUUGGUGGCGGUGGGUGGUGGCGGUGGGUGGUGGCGGUGGGUGGUGGCUCUGGUUGUAG